UAGAUAUAUAUUGAUUAUUGUUAGAAUACCUGAAUAAUUAGAUACUUUACCAGUAUAUCUAGACUCGCAUGUUUUCUGCUGAUGAUUUAGUUUUGAUUUCUAAAUCUUCUUCUGGACCCGAGCAUUGUCUGGACGCUUUAGAAAAAGAUUGUGCAGAUCAGAAGUUAGUUCUAAGUGAAUAUAGAGAAAUAGUGUACAGAUUAGAAGUUACAAGUGAAUACAGAGAAACAUUGUACAGAUUAGAAGUUACAAGUGAAUAUAGAGAAAUAUUGUACAGGUUAAGCGUUACAAGUCAAUAUAGAGAAAUAUUGUACAGGUUAAGUGUUACAAGUCAAUAUAGAGAUAUAUUGUACAGGUUAAACGUUACAAGUCAAUAUAGAGAAAUAUUGUACAGGUUAAGCGUUACAAGUCAAUAUAGAGAAAUAUUGUACAGAUAAGAAGUUACAAGUAAAUACAUGUAUAGAGAAAUAUUGUACAGGUUAAGCGUUACAAGUCAAUAUAGAGAAAUAUUGUACAGGUUAAGCGUUACAAGUCAAUAUAGAGAAAUAUUGUACAGAUUAGAAGUUACAAGUGAAUAUAGAGAGAUGUUGUACAGGUUAGAAGUUACAAGUGAAUAAUUAUGAGAAAUAUUGUACAGAUUAAGCGUUACAAGUGAAUAUAGAGAAAUAGUGUACAGAUUAGAAAUUACAAGUGAAUAUAGAGAAAUAUUGUACAGAUUAGAAAUUACAAGUGAAUAUAUAGAAAAAUGGUGUACAGAUUAAAAAUUACAUGUGAAUAUAGAGAAAUGUUGUACAGAUUAGAAGUUACAUGUGAAUAUAGAGAAAUAGUGCACAGAUUAGAAAAAUACUGUACAGAUUGGGGGUUACAAGACUUAUAGAGAAAUAUCAUAGAGGUUAGAAAAAUAUUAUACAAAUUAGAAAAAUAUUGUACAGAUUAGGAGUUACGAGUGAAUGUGGAAAAAUCUAAUGUGUGAUUUUUUCAAGAAAAACAACAAUGAAGAACAUGUGUGGGGUUUUUUUUAUGAUAAGCACAGUAUUGUAUCUAUAACAGAUUAAUAUAAAUGUUAAGAGCUUGUGUUUACAUAGAAUGGAAAACUGAAGUCUGCUUCAGAACAACUUUCUGAACGUGCUAGAAAAGCAUAUUACGCAAUCAAAUCAAGAAUUGCUGGGUUUAAUAUACACCAAUCAAGAAUUGCUGGGUUUAAUAUACACCAAUCACCAAUCAAGUAUUGUUGGUUUAAUAAUCUUUCAGUCCAUUUUUUCUUAAAUUACACCAACCAAGAAUUGUUCCAUUUAUUACAAAUGUGGAUCUGGAAUCUUUAUAAUCAGUCAUUAAAUCCUCAGAUUGUUUUCCAUUCGAAAAAAAAAAUUCACAAAGAUAUUCCAGAUAGGAGUGCAUAAAAAGCGACAAAUUUAGCAGGUUGGGUCCUACUCACUGUACUAUAUGUUAUGAUUUUUUUUUUCAAUUGCUAUGCUAGAUUAAGAGAUUUGGAAUCAUGUACCGUACAACAAUUAAUGUAGUUUUGUUUUCAGCUUUCAAAGAGGACAAGGCGUAGUCCUAUACUUCAUGGCAAUUGUAAGCUUUUCAGUAUUCAACUAAAAGUGAACUUGACUUAUUUGAAUAUUUUUCAUCAGGAGUUCAAAGGCUUAAACUGAGUUUUUAAAAAAUGCUGAUACAAUUCAUUCCGACAUUCCACGACAAAACUGAUUCAAUAGACCACUUUAUAUGCAUCAAAAAGGCGUGACAUAAAUAUCUCAUUAUCUAACUUGGAAAAUUGGGAAAAACUCUGUUUCUAUAGCAGAAAUUUACACUACGAUGAAUAUAAACUACAAGAUUAAAGGUUCACAACUAACAAAAUUAAGCGCACGUGCAUUCAAAUGAUUAUUGAAACGAAUAUAUGCCAUACUUGUAAUUAAAUUAUUUGUUGAAAAUGAAAAUCAUUUUUGUACUUUCCUUUCCUGUUUGUGAUAAACUUUGAUUUGAAUAUCAUGAUAAUUUUAACGAAACAUUAUACUGUGGUACUGAUCCCAUGAAAGAAAUUGUCAUUCCAUUUCCAAAUCGUAAACGUUUGUCUAUUUAAAAAAUGUUUUAUGCACAAAAAAGAAACUCUUGGAUUUAGAAUCUGUGUUACUAAGUCUUUGUAUUAUUACUGGUCUUUGUUGGGUUUUUUUUUUAAAUUUAACACGAUUUUGACUGUAUGCCAAUUUGGUAAUGUCAAUCACAGGCAAUCACAUCGCUUGGAAACGAAUUUACUAUUGAAUAACAUCGGGUUCGAAAUAUGGCUACUUUUGUUUUGCAGUAAUUAGACUGAGCCGAUGCAUUCGAAUUUGCACUGUCACUAGACACUCACUGACCCACUGACCACUGACUCAGUGGUAAACAUCGAAGAGAAAGUGUCCCGGAAACAAAGAUACUUUGCCAACUUCUCCAAAAAUGUCGACAGAUGUACAAACAUUGAUGGAAAUGGGGUUUUCUAAAGACAGAGCUGAGAAGGCCUUAGCAAAGAGUGGUUACAAAGGUGUCCAGAUAGCGAUGGACUGGCUGUUUGCACAUGAAGAUGAUGCUGAUAUUGAUGAUCCAUUUGAAACCCCUCAAGGAAAUUUGUUAGGAAAACCAGAUGAUGGCUCUGGAAACUCGAAGUCUGAAUCAAACGAAGACGGAGCUAACACAGGGGAGGAAUUGGAGCAGGCCAGGUCCAUCAAAUGUGAUGUCUGUGGAAAACUUCUGAAAAAUGAAAUGGAUGCUCAGGCCCAUGCAGCUCGAACUCAGCAUGACAGUUUCUCAGAAUGUACAGAAGAAAUCAAACCUCUAACUGAUGAGGAGAAAAAAGCACAAAUGGAAAAGUUACAGGAAAGAAUGAAACAGAAAAGACUAGAGCGGGAGGAACAGGAGAAAAAGGAUCAAUUAGAACGAGAAAAGUCGAGAAGAAAGACUGGAAAAGAACUCAUAGAUAUCAAACAAAGAAUGGAAGAGCAAGAAAUGAAGAAAAUUGCUGAACAGAGGAGAAGAGAGAAAAUGGAAGAGAAGAUGGCCAGGCAAAAAGUGAGGGAGCAAAUUGAAAAAGACAAACGAGAUCGGGCAGCAAAGUUUGGAUCAACCACUCAGUCCAAUGCACCAGCACCUAACCCGGUAACUGCUUCCAACACAGCCCAGCCCCCACCCACUGCGGAGAAGAAAGACUACACCGAGUGCAGAUUACAGAUCAGAUUAACGAAUGGACAAGCACUAACACAAACAUUUUCAGCCAAGGAAUCUCUGGCAGCUGUGCGUUUGUAUGUAGAAACUAAGAGAACGGAUGGCUCAGGACCCUUCACGCUCAUGACAAACUUUCCAAAAAAGGUUUUUCAAGGAGAGGAUUAUGAAAAACCAUUAGAUGUGUUAGGUUUAGUACCAUCAGCAGUAUUAAUGGUUAAAGGACAAUGAAACAACAGGGAGGGUUGUGCUGAGCUUAGUCUACUCGCCCAGGCACAUUGAACUCAGAUCGUAUAUAAUGCAACUACGUAUUUCAACUUCCAUGUUAAUUUCAACGCUGUAAUAUGUACAUUGUGUGUGUAUACAGACACAGUGCCUGACAAUUUCUCGUGAAUUCAAACAGAUGUGAUUUAGUGAUCAUUGAUAUGCUGGAGUCUUUACAAUUAAAUAUUUAUUUGUUAA